GUCUGAUAUUCGCAAUCGAGAAGGACCCUUCCUGCGCCCGACGACACCCCUCUCAUGCCGCCCGGCCUGCCGUUGCCCCAUCGUCAAGUUCCUGGCGAAAGAUAAUAACCACCACCACCACCAACAACAACAAUAGCGCCACCCCGAGUCCUCCAUCGAUUAAUACCCACACAGCUCCGACGUCUUUGACCCACUACCUCGCGCCGUCGCUACCAUUUCUUCGUUCGAACACAUAGCCCAAGAUGAUGCAGAAUCCCCAUGUCUACGGCCACCACCAGUACCCCCAGGCCGACUCUGCCUGGCUUCACCAGCAGACCUCGCACCAUCAGCACGCCCAGGCUGCUGCCGCCGCCGCCAAUGUUGCCCAGCAGCAGCACUACAACCGCCUGGCCGGCGCACACAACAAUGUGAACGCCCUUGCUGCCGCCACCCACGCGCAGGAUAAUGCCAUUGAGCCCGUGGUCUCGGACGACAACCGCCGCACACUGCAGUACAUUGCCGACUUGCUGAAUGAAAAUACCAGGGAGGCCGCGCUCCUGGAGCUGAGCAAGAAGCGGGAGCAAGUUCCCGAACUGGCCCUGAUCCUCUGGCACUCGUUCGGAGUCAUGACAUCUCUCCUCCAGGAGAUUAUCAGUGUCUAUACCCUCCUCAACCCCUCUCAGCUCACCGCUGCCGCCUCCAACAGGGUCUGCAAUGCCCUCGCCCUCCUUCAGUGUGUGGCGUCUCACAACGAGACACGUACCCUCUUCCUCAAUGCACACAUCCCCCUCUUCCUUUACCCCUUUCUUAACACGACGUCUAAGUCGCGUCCUUUUGAAUACCUCCGGCUCACUUCGCUGGGAGUCAUUGGUGCGCUUGUCAAGAACGAUUCCACCGAGGUCAUCAACUUUCUCCUUACGACCGAGAUUAUCCCCCUCUGCCUGAGGAUCAUGGAGACCGGGUCCGAGCUCAGCAAGACGGUUGCUAUCUUCAUCGUGCAGAAGAUCUUGCUUGAUGACAACGGUCUUAACUACAUUUGUGCCACUUAUGAGCGCUUCUACGCUGUCGGCACCGUCCUCAGCAACAUGGUUGCUCAGCUGGUAGAGCAGCAGACGGCUAGGCUUCUCAAACAUGUUGUUAGGUGCUUCUUGAGACUUAGCGACAAUGCUCGUGCCCGCGAGGCACUCCGCCAGUGUCUGCCAGAGCCCCUUCGCGACGCCACCUUCUCUUCGGUUCUGCGCGACGAUGCCGCCACCAAGCGUUGCCUGGCGCAGCUCCUCAUCAACCUCUCCGAUAAUGUAGUCGAACCCAGCACCAGCGGUCUUGGAAUUUAA